AAGUGAUCGUGUUCACUCGUGAAUCAGCUGAUCACACACGCUAAAUUAAGCUCGUAGUGAAAGAUUUUGGUGUGUGAAUAUAGUUGUUAACUAGCCCGCGCGCUGUGUUAUUGAUCAGAUUCGCGCUGGGUCUCGCGCUCUGUAAUGGUACAGUGAGGGGAGGGUGAGUCUGAGCGGGUCUCUGUAGCUGUGGGAGCCGCUGUGUUCUGCUGUGUUCCGCUGUGUUCGGGCUAGCUGUGCUAACAGCAGCUCUCAGUGAGCUGCAGCAGCUGCAGGAGGGCUCGGGUUCACUGCUGUACUGCCGAUCAGCAGCAUGGAUCCUUUGGGAGCUCGAUCUCAGUUUGUAGAAGUCCUCAAUCUGACCACCUGGGAUCAGCAUGAAGGACAGGAGGACGGAGAGGACAAAGGAAAAGUUAUUGAGAGAGAUGAGGUGGACCACCUGACUGACCAGAUCAACUCUCUUCUCUCCCCUUUCCCAUUCAGAGAAGAUAUCAACAAGAAAAUUAUUCUGUUCAAUGGGGACGUGGCUCUAUUGAACUGCACUGCUAUUGUGAACACAAGCAACGAAACACUAACGGACAAGAACCCCAUCUCGGACAGCAUUCACAGAAAUGCUGGCCCUGAGCUCAAGGAUGAGCUACUCAAACUGAAAGGCUGCAGGACGGGGGAAGCGAAAAUAACGGAAGGUUUCAAUCUGGCUGCGCGCUUCAUCAUUCAUACAGUCGGCCCCAAGUACAAAGCCAAGUAUCGCACAGCUGCCGAGAGCUCCUUAUACAGCUGCUAUAGAAAAGUCAUGCAGCUCGCCAUGGAGCAUGCCAUGGUCUCUGUGGGUUUCUGUGUGAUCAGCACCACAAAGAGAGGAUAUCCACUGGAAGACGCUACUCACAUAGCCUUCAGGACUGUUCGCAGGUUUCUGGAGAACCAUGGAGAAAGCAUAGAAUCUGUGGUGUUUGCAGUGUCGGACACUGAGGAGGCAGUGUACAGAAAGUUGCUGCCGCUAUAUUUCCCACGCUCAAGGGAGGAGGAAGGAGCCAGCCUGCCGCUUCUCCCUGCAGACAUCGGGAACGCAGAGGGUGAGCCGGUGGUACCCGAGAGGCAGAUCCGCAUCACUGAGAAGCCCGGCAUCCUGGAGGACAAUUCAGAGGAUGAAUCUCUGGAGUCAGGACUGGGGCUGGUGGGCAACCAUGCAUUCGCACGCAUGGAGGGAGAUGUGGAUAAGCAGCGGAAGCUCAUUCUGCAGGGUCAGCUCUCUGAAGCAGCUCAGCAGAAACAACACCAGAGGAAUUACAACCGCUGGCUGUGCAGAGCUCGAGCAGAGGAUCUUUCGGACAUAGCAGCACUGAAAGCUUUAUAUCAAACCGGUGUCGAUAUGUUUGGAAGAACAGUAAUGGUGAUUGUAGGCAGGAACAUUCCAGUAACUCUCAUUGACAUUGAGAAGGCCUUGUUGUAUUUCAUUCAUGUGAUGGAUCACAUCACGGUGAAGGAGUACGUGAUGGUGUAUUUCCACACUCUCACUGGUGAACACAACCACCUGGACACGGAUUUCCUCAAGAAGCUGUACGACAUUGUGGAUAUAAAGUUUAAGAAGAACCUGAAGGCCUUCUACUUUGUACAUCCCACAUUUCGCUCUAAGGUAUCUACAUGGUUCUUCUCCACGUUCAGUGUAUCUGGUAUAAAGGAGAAGGUUCAUCACAUAGAGACCCUCCAGCAGCUCUUUACCUGCAUCCUGCCGGAACAGAUCGAUAUCCCUCCAUUUGUCCUGGAGUAUGAUGCACGGAUGAACGGGCCGUACUGCUCGUCCCACUCUUCAGGCCUGUGAAGUAAACUCUGAUGCAAGUGGAUGUGACUGAACUUGCCAGCGUCUGCCCAACGCCUGAGAAAGCUCACAGCUGGACCUGAUUUGGAGCUAAAUGAACUUAGUAUGUGCAUGUGAGCUAGAAAAAGCCUGUUUCUCCAGCUCCUAUGAUACGUGUUUAUGUGAGUUAAACUGCUGUGUUUACUGGCUCACAGAAGGUCACAGAAAACCAUCCUCUUCCACCAGUCCGGAGCUGCCGGCUCACUUGUGCUGCUGAUGUGUUUAUAUUGGUAAACUGAUCUUACUGAUGGACACGUCACAGACUGGACAUUGCAAUGCAAGGAAAGGAUGAUUUGACAAGUGUGCUCAAAUAUGAUUGCAUAUAAAAUAACCAAUUUUGUAUGAGUGUUAAAAAGGUGUGUAUGUCAAUGUUUAUAAGUGUAUAUUCUGUAACUGGAGUCCAGAAUACUCACUUUUAUAACGAAUUGUCUUUACUGACCUUGUCCAGUCACUGGUGCCUCACUGGUGUUCACUACAGUCUUUACUGUCCUUUAAUUUUGUGUGUUUUUCACGCUUUCACCAGAACAGCCUCUUCGUGUAUCUCUUUGUUGAAAUGCCUACAUGAGCCAUUUAACAGAUCACAGAUCUGCCUUUCCAGGCCUUAGUGGUGACCUGUUGAAUUUAAACAGAGGUUAAUGAAGAUAGUAUAGAUAUAUAAAUAAUCGCUUGGUCAUUUAAAAAUGUAAAUUAAUAUUUUUAUACUCUACAAACACAAUGAAUACUGAAUGGUCUUUAGUAGUACAAGCUGAAGUAUGAUCUCUAAAUACUUAAUUAUUAUUAUUAUUUUUAAUUGCACUCUUAAGAUUAUCACUUGCCUUUCUUUUCUGUGUAUUUCUUCUGUAAAGUAUCUGUGGUCAAUUUAAUAUGUAUAGUUUCUUUGUGGAUCUUUUCUAAAACCAAGUACAUUUUUGUUACAUUACCAUAAAUUGGUUCUUUCUUUCCACACAAAUGCACAGCUGUAACUCCUGCUACUGAAUGGUACUACUACACUGUGCAUUCUCAUCAAUAAUAUAAUCUAACAUCAGAUUUCCACACAUGGCCAAAGGUACUUUGAGAAUUGAGCGUGGGAGUGAUUGUAUGCAGUUAACUGAAUAUGAAGUCUUGUUGGUUCCAGUUCGAGCUCUCUUUAGUAAGCCUUUAAAUAAAGGUGCCACAACUCAUAACUCUGAGCCACAUUCCAUUCUGAAGGAGAAAUUUAUACCAGUACUGGGAGGAAUGUUUGUUUUAUUCAAAGACUGUGAAUUAAAAAUCUGAUCUCUCCUUAUGGAACAUAUAGUAGUACAUAAGACAAAAGGUUCAUCUGUUUUUUUUUUGUUUGUUUUUUUGUUUUUAUGAAUUAAUCGAAAGCUUACAGUUAAAAGUUAUCAUAGUUAAUAAGUGUUCCAAUAGAAAUGCUCCAAAAUAAAUGAAAUAUUAAAGCUGUUUUCCUUGUCCUGAAAUAUUGCAAUUUGUGUGUGUAGCAACAAUGAUGCAUGACAUGCUAUAAAACACAGUACACUCUCUUUCCAAGAUCUUUAAGAUUAUUAAAAAAGUCUUCUUUGCUA